AUGGCAGCAAUCACACAAUCCGUUCAAGAUGAGCCCAACGUGGCGAAUGAUCUUUCCAACUCUCGGCUUUUUAAACCCAUCAAGAUUGGCAACAUGAGGCUUCACCAUCGUAUAGCCAUGUGUCCUCUGACUCGUUAUCGAGCCUCGGAUGAGCAUGUCCCUACGCCUUCUUUCCAGGAUUAUUACGGCCAAAGGGCAUCUGUUCCCGGCACACUCUUAAUUUCAGAAGGCACCUUUAUCUCUCCGGCACAUGGAGGAUUCGCCAAUGCACCUGGCAUCUACACUGAUGAGCAGAUCAAGGCGUGGCGACCUGUCACGGAUGCUGUUCAUGCAAAAGGAGGAUUCAUAUUCUGCCAACUCUGGGCACUCGGCCGAACUGCUGAUCCCGACGUCGCAGAGAAGGAGGGGAUUACGUUUCGCAGCUCUAGCGACGUUGCCCCGGAUUCAGUCCGACCCAAGCCGAAACCAUACACCAUCCCCGAGAUUCAUGAGUGUAUUCAGACUUAUGCGCAGGCCGCUAAAAAUGCCAUUGAGUCUGGCUUCGACGGCGUCGAACUCCAUGGAGCAAACGGAUAUCUUAUCGACCAGUUUAUCCAGGACAAAUGCAACAAAAGAACCGACAUCUAUGGCGGUAGCAUUGAGAAACGUUCCCGGUUCGCCGUCGAGGUGGUUGAAGCAGUCUGUGAUGCCAUUGGCCCCGAGAGAACAGGCAUAAGGUUCAGUCCUUGGAGCGUUUACAACGACAUGCGGAUGGAGGACCCGAUCCCACAGUUCUCAGAUCUGAUUGAGAGGCUGAAGCCGUUCAAUCUUGCAUAUCUUCACUUGAUAGAAUCCAGGAUUGCUGGUGCACAAGAUGUCGAGUCUUGCAGCACCGACAAGUUGACCUUUGCCAUUGACAUCUGGGAUGGACCGCUGUUGAUCGCUGGCGGGUAUACCCCUGAGAGUGCACGAAGGCUUGUGGACCAUGAUCAUCCCACCAAGGAUAUCGUGGUUCCGUUUGGGAGAUAUUUCCUCUCUACGCCAGAUCUUCCAUUCCGGAUCCAGAGAGGACUGGAGCUCAACAAGUACGAUCGCGCAACUUUCUACACGCCAAAGGCAAUUAAAGGCUACACCGAUUAUCCUUUCAGCAAGCAGUUCUUGGAAUUCAUCAAGGGUAGUUAG